AUGCUUGGACCAUCCUAUUUUAAUGAAUACAUUAACUCACAAGAAUCACCAAUUGAGAAUAUCAGUAAUACACAGAAUAAUAAUAAUAAUAAUCGUAAGAAAAAUUUUCUGACAAAAUUUAUGCGAGCGUUUCGUUUUAUUCCUGGCGGUAAAACUAAUCGAAAUUCCAAUGAAUUUCAGUUAGAAGAAGUAGGAGUAGAACUUCACAACCACAACCACCAACAACAAGAACAAGAACCACAACAUGACGACGACGACGAACAGCAGCAACACCACGAACAACAGCAACCACAACAACAGUCAGGAAAAUGUUCCACUACGAAACUAUCGAACGAAUCAUCCACAUGUAUGGAAGAAGUGAUCCCUAUGGAAGAAGAGAUCAUCAACAACACUCAUGAAAUCACAUAUUCAUUUGAUGUUGCAGAAUCACCGAUCACAACAACAACAGCAACGACAACAACAACAACCACACCGCCAAUGCCACAAAAAUCUCCUACUAAAAUUCUAUCGGAAGAACGAGAUUUUAUUAAGUUAGUUCUAGAAGAUGAUCAACAUCAACAUCCUCCUCCUCAAACAAUGUUUAACCAAUUGGCUAAUGGUGAUACACAAGCAAUAGAAAUGAUUAAUGAUAUGCCCGCGAUGAUUGGUGGUGAUGUUCCACCGAUGAUUGGUGGUGAUGUGCCAUCGAUUGUUUAA